CAGCACAGUCAGUAUUUGUUGUCAGUAGAUACAUGCGCUCGAAUAUGAAUUUAAUGAUGAAGACUAAUUACCAUUAAUUCUCUUUACAUCUGUUUUAUGAAAAUACUUCAAUAAGCUGCUGUUUUGUGAAAUAAUUAACUAAGAUCUUCCUAAAAAAUUCUUGAUCCAAUUUUUGGGUUGGAUUCGUUUUUGCGCUUCAGUUCGAGUUUGUUCAACAUUUCUGUUCGUCGGAUUUUCAACCGAUGUGAUGACCGAUCAAAUGGUGACACUUGUGAUUUAAAUUGUAAUUGUAAUCUUAUUUUUAGCUGCUUACUUUUGGUGUUCAAGGAGAGAGAAGUUAAAGAAAGUAAACAAAGUAAAUGCAUUUGAUUUUUUGGUUGCAGCAGACGACCUGUCAGUGAUACACAAAUUACAACAAAAGUUAUCUCCAGUAUGGCCUGAUAAUUGGACUACUUUAUUGCUGUAAGUGCUGUAAGAAGUCCAUGAUUGUUGAUACAUAUGAAGAAAAAUGUCCAAAACUCUUCAAGUGAGAGGAGCAUCCCUGUUACGUGCAAUGGAGAAGUACGAGAAUCUAGGACUGGUGGGGGAGGGGAGCUACGGGAUGGUCCUCAAAUGUCGCCACAAAGAGACAGGACAGCUGGUCGCCAUCAAGAAGUUCCUGGAGAGUGAGGACGACAAAAUGGUCAAGAAAAUCGCUCUCCGAGAAGUCAGGAUGCUCAAGCAACUACGGCAUGACCACCUUGUGAAUUUGAUAGAAGUGUUCAGAAGAAAGAAAAGACUAUAUUUAGUGUUUGAAUUUGUGGAUCAUACUGUGCUGGAUGAACUUGAAAAGUGUCCUAAUGGAUUGGAUGAAAACACAGUCAGAAGAAUCCUGUGGCAGGUUCUGAAGGGCACAGAAUUCUGCCAUUUACACAAUAUUAUUCAUAGGGAUAUAAAGCCAGAAAACAUACUGGUUAGUAAGUCAGGGAUAGUGAAGUUAUGUGAUUUUGGAUUUGCUAGGACUCUUGCACAACCAGGUGAAACCUACACAGACUAUGUGGCCACCAGGUGGUACCGUGCUCCAGAACUUCUGGUGGGGGACACCAAGUAUGGAAGGGCAGUGGAUAUCUGGGCAAUAGGAUGUCUACUGGCAGAAAUGUUGACAGGGGAGCCUCUCUUCCCAGGGGAUUCUGACAUAGAUCAGCUAUAUCAUAUUGUCAAAUGUUUUGGUAACCUAACUCCUAGGCAUAAGGAGGUCUUUCUCAGGAAUCCACUCUUUGUUGGAAUGCGGUUGCCAGAAGUCAGAGAGAUUUCACCUUUAGAAAAGAAAUUCAACAGGAUAUCUUCACAGUCAUUAGAAUUAAUGAAGCAAUGUUUACGUCUUGAUCCUGAUGAACGUCCCACAUGUACUCAGCUUAUAAAGCAUGACUUCUUCUCCAAAGAUGGCUUUGUUUCAAGAUUUCAAAAUGAUCUAAAACAGAGGAUUGAAAAAGAGAAUCAAAGCAACCUUCUAAAAGCUGGUGAUAAAGAUGAUGACGAUAGCAAGAGUAAUAAAAAGAAAAAGAAAGUAGACAACAAUAAAGACAAGGAUUCAAAGGCUACAGAUAAGAAAAAAGUGCAAGACAACGAUAAGACGGUGAAAAAAGCAGCAAAUCCAAGCACUGUUAAUGGAACUAGUAAUGUGUCUAUAUCUACUCCUAGUAAUCAAAACAAAAACAAAUCUGACACUUCAUUAAAAGAGGUCAAAGUGGACAUUAAAGACAAAAAGUCUGAUAAAAAUGAAAAGAAAGUGGAAGAAAAGACUGAGAAAAAAUCAGGUGAUAGCAAAGGAAAGGCAGAGGAAAUAAGUGAUAAAAAAGACAGUAAAAAACAAGAGGAUAAGAAGCCUGACGAUAAAGUGGAUAAGACAGAGGACAAGAAAUCGGAUGUCAAACAGUCCGAAUCCAAGGAGAAUGAGAGAGACAAGGAGAACAGUAAGGAGAGUACAGUGUCAGCUACAUCAUCCAGUAUUCCUCCCAUCAAUAAUUCAGGACACACUGUUCAUGUUUCCACACCUCCAUCCAUGCCUUCAAUAAGCAGACAACCUCUAGUCAUUAGAUCCCAGUACUUAAGUCUUGCCAGUCCGACGAUGGGUCUCAAUACUGCAAACAAUAUAAGUUUGUCCAAUAUAAUGAGUUCUCCAUUUUCUGGCCCACCUCCACUGAGGGUUAGCGAUAAAAUGGUUAAGAAACCUCCCCCAAAUAUAGCAAAAAAGAGCCAAGUCACAAGUCAUCACAGUACUACACUAAGCCCUCAACCCCUCCAAUCAGAGAGAAGCUUUCUGCAUGAUAAAGUGCAGGAAAAGAUGAAAGCCAAGAGUCCCGAUAAAAGAGACAAGGAAUUUAUAACCUUACCAGAAGUCAAAGGUGCUGAAGCUCAUCCAUCUAAACCCAAAAUUGGGAAGCAGAGUCUGAGUAUGGCAAUGCAGAGGUCAUCUGUGGCAACAAUACCUCAUAUAACCAACAUAGAUCCAUUUUCAGGGACAAUGAGUGACACCCAGAGUUCGGAUGGAAGAGAGGGUAAUCUUCCCAAUGUCUGACAUGAUGUGGCUCUCCACUUCAAACACCCUUGCCUUACCUCUGCUAAUGCAUAGUGUGAUUGUCAGAGAGUGUGAAACUGAAGGGACAGUGAGGAUUAUUUGUGUAAACUACAUGUGUUUUCAUGUGUAACCCAUUUUCCAAUAUGUAAAAAUAUACCCUACUGUAGAAUGCCAAACAGAGAGAAAGUUUAAAAACCAUUUUGAAUGCAAAUUUUGCAGGAUGACUGAAAGUUGCAGAGUUGUAGUGCUAUAUUUCCUUUUGUUCAACUCAGAAUGAUGCCGAUUUUUAAUUAUGGAUAGAAUUUCUAGGGAAAUAUUUAAGGAAUUGUUUCUUAAUUUUUGCCAGAUAUAAACAUUGUAGAAAUUUUCUCAGAUGUUACACUCAUUUGUUAAUUUGUAUGUGAAAUAGUAAAAUGUCAAGUCAUUCCUUUAUUUAAUUUGAAAUAGUCAUGACUCCUAUUGGUGCUGAGAUAAAAUCUAGUUGUCUUACCAAGUAACAAUAAUAGUAGACUAAUUGCACCAAAAUGCACCCUUGUCCAAUGAAUAAUACUCACAUAUUGAUAAAUCUUUGUUGAUGUUUCAGAAGUAUAUAUAAACAUCAGUUAUUUUAGUCUAUGAUACUAUUAAAGCACACUAAAAACUGAAAUUUUUUUUAGAUUUUGGCCUUCAAAAGUAAACGGACUUGCAUAAAUAAUAUUGUUUUAAAACAAUUUUAGUGAAAGUGGAAAAUUCAUACUACGCAAUAACUAAGUGGACAUUGCACAGCUUUUUUAAGAAGUAUUAUAUAGCAGGUAUAGUUUUUUAGCUACUAGUAUUUAAGCUUGUCUUCUGAAUAUGUUUAGGUCGAGUUCUUCAAUGAAAUCUAGUCAUGAACACAAUACGUGUGCCAAUGAUUUCAUUAUGUAAAGAAAACAAUCACUGAAAAUUUUAAUUUACUUGAUCACUGUGCAAUUUAAGGGUUUUACAAAGUAUGAAUAUCAAUACUACUGUAAAUAUAUUAUAUUUAGCUUGUAUGAUAUUUGGUGGAAAUUGAUUUUUGAACAAGUUAGCAUUGAUUUUAUGUAACACCUUUCUAAUGAUGUUAAUAUUCUUAUUUAAGUGUAUGAUGCAAGACAUUUAGUGUUGUACAUAAAUUAGUGGAAGUUGCUUUCUGUCUAAGGCACUAAACAGAAAACACAGCCAAAUGUAAUACAGUAUUUUAAAAAGAGACGUCUGGACAGUAUUUUUGAGAGCCUUGACAGAGGACAUACAGAACCAUCUAAUUUAUUAAGAUUUUUUUUUUCUUAGCAUACACUGUAAUUUGAAACUUUUAUUGACCAUAUUUGUAUACAAGAAUGAAACCAUGUUAUAAGAUUGAAUCUAAACACUUUUCCAAGAGUUCAUAUGCACAAGCAGAAUUCAAUAUAAUCCAUAUACUCCAGUGCUUUAGCGUGGUUGAGUGAGAGAGUUGAUGUUGUAUCUAUUUAUUGUGUGUAUUCUAGUAGGGCACGCAGACAGUUAGUCCACUGUCUAUCAGAGCUUCAGAACUUGCAGUGUUCAAUGUGUUCCAAACCAUUCCUAUUAGUAGAGAACUUUUUUUGUCAAUCUACAUUUUUCUGCAUUUCCUACUUUUGUUUAAUGAAUACAGUUAUUAAGAUGUUUUUGUGAAGAAUAAAUUGUACCAAGAAUCUUUCCUCAUUAUCUUUUGCCCAUUUGAAAUGAAAAAUGAUUCAAAGCUUGUAUGUAAUAUUCAAGUCACACAAAGAUGGCAUUUGCCUUAUAGUUAGCAGUUUUCCAAAUUUCUUUAUUAUUAAUUGAUGAACUGGGUAGAAUUCAGAUGAGAAAUAUUCUUGGUGAAUGUUUAUUUUAUGAACAAUAUUAUCUAUGCAAAUUAAAAAAAAGAAAUCAAAUGCACAAUGUGUUGCUGUGUGACAUCAUUUUCACACAAAUGCUCAAAUUUCUUUCAUGUAGUUAAAUAUCAUAUAAAACAGUAUAAGCAUUUAUAUACAUGUAUUCAGUAUUGUUUGCAUAAUGAUUCAUUAUUCAGUAUUGAAUACCUAAGUGUUUUUACACUUGAAUCUUACAUAUUGUUAAAGGAUGUUGUUUUGUUACAUUUUGUGUAUUUUCACUCUUUGGGUGCUUGUAUCAUACUUCAAUAAGAAAUAAAGAAGGAAAUCUUAAACUUCUUUCUUCUUACUGUAAAAAAAAAAAGUACUGAAUAUAAAGUUCACGGACUAUCGUGUAACCUUAUGUGAUCAGUAGAUCAAUGUAUUUAUUGCUGCUUACAACAGCAAUGCUUAUCAUCAAUUUAAAGACAAGAGGCCUAAGGGCCUUGAAUCGCUCUUCCGAUAAAUUGUACAAUCUAUCACUUCUAUUUGAAGCCUCUAAGUAUCCUGUACAUAUAACUAAAGCCUUGAAAUUGCAAAAGUAGGUCAUCAUGACCUACAUUUUAGUUAAAACACAGAGAGCCCAGGGUAA